AUGGCUUCAGCCCCUACGCCACCCAAUUUCAUCCUUACUGCACCGGCACAUACCUCACAUCCGGGAGUUAUCAUUAGCAAUCCAGCGCCCACGGAUGCAACGACCAUCUCGAUUGCAUACCAGGGCAAUGCCACUGCAAGUCUCCCCAUGCUUUCGACAAAUCAAGGUCUCAGGCCAAUACCACCAGCCGCGACGCAGAUUGGCGAUCCAAACGGCCAUCAUGAGAUUACUGAACCUGAUUUCACCGCCACCCGGCCAUGCAGAGGAUGCGCUCCGGUCAUUGAGAUAACGGCUACAGGCUGGGUAGACGCGACGGUCGAGGAACAGCAUGGCUCUACGGGCAAGCUGGACCCUGCACCACUGGCCACCCAGGCUCGUCCGAUGGCCACGAUUUCCGCUGGCGCUGCGACGAUCAUUGUUGGAGAGGGGCCAGACGGCGACACUUUUGUGAUAGCGGAUUCUUACACUGUUUUUCCUGACCAGACCGUCGUCGUCGACAACACGCCCAUUCAAGUCCGAACUUCAGACGGCAAGACGGAAAUGGUUCUAGGCACCAAGGUCAUACCACUUCAUCCAGAUCGCCCCGAGAUGACAAGCGCUCCAGUGCCCCUGCCAGGUGCAGUCCCGCCCGUACUUAGCAUCGGCACCGCAACGAUAAUGCCAAAUCCACAAUCCCAAUACGUGCUUGGAGUACAGACACUGGUUCCAGGCGGAGAGCCGCUCACCAUCUCAGGGACGAUCCUCUCUCUUGCGCCUUCUGCAACGGCUCUCGUCAUAAAUGGGGUGACAUCGAGCAUUGUCCCUGCUGUCGGUGGCAUGUACACGGCUGUGAUGCCUGGGGCGCUGACCCUUGAGGGCCAAAUAUAUACAGCCAAUGGUGCGGGCGACAUCAUAAUGGGUCCUGGGACCACUCUUAUCCCUGGAGGUAAUCCAGUGACUAUCAACGGGACGACGCUUAGCCUCGUGUCCGGGGGAUCAGCAGUUGCAGUCCAGGGCAAGACGAGCACGCUGCAGCCUGCUACAACGGUUGUCACACUGACCAAAGAUCCCACUGCGCUCAAAACGGGCUCUCGCAGUGUAGAAGGUCCCAGGCACUCGGCUGAGGUAUAUAUUCAUCCCACGGCUGGGACUGAAUCCGCUGGAGCAACAUGGCGUCUCCCUCUCACAUGUGAGACUCGGGUUGAAAGUGUCGUGUUAUUGCUUUUGUGGGGUAUACAUUACGUUGGGCUGCGUUUAUGA